GUAAGAGCCCGUUGAUUUACAUCAGACGUACACUUCGACUGUUCCAUAUAACACACAUACUUGCGCCGGGGUACAUUGUGAGGUGGACGUCACUCAUGUGUACCUAAUGUUUCGUUGCACAUUGCGAAAAUCGGGAUGAUAGAUUGCGGCCUGUCAUAGGAGCAUAGCGUGUUAUCACUUGGAGCUGGAAUAUAUAUUCCGUGAAUGGAUCGAAUAAGUUAUCUUCUAAGAAUAAGAAGUGUGUGAUGUGCUCCAGGAGUACAAACUGUGCUCGAUUUUCGUACUUGGCUCUUAACUUUCACUUGAAGAUAUCCUGACAGUGUCACGAUAUAUUUGUGCAUAUUACAAGUCUGCCACGAGUGAUGGAAAGUGGAUAAACGUCACGGAUCUAACACAUGUCAGCUGACAGAUGAGCAUAAUCUGCGAUAUUCAGAUCUUUAUCAUUCAACUAAAGGCCUUCGGAAUUUGAACUUGCUUUUAAUUUCAUCUCUUCGUAGUUUCAUACAGAUUGUUCGACAUUUAACAGACUAUUCCGGUCUUGAAGACAAAUGUAACCAAGUCUGUCGCUUGUGAUACUAAGGGAGAUAACCCAUGCUGUACUACUGUCAGGUGGAAAGUCAGUUGACAGGUGGUAGAUUUGGUAGCAGAUCGGUCUUUGGUAGCGUUAGCUGUCAACUUGAAGUCACCCAAAGAGGAUGGACACAGUUUUGACAGUCUGUCAGGGUUCCGGGACAUUAGAUUUUCCACCCACUUCCCUAUGGUCAAGUAUGGAUCUGGACUCCAGUAUAAAAUGUGAACCUAGCAGCCCUCUUGGAUUAAGUCGAUGUUCACAACCAUCUCUUGAUGAAAGUUUCGGACGGGAUGUGUUCGGAGAUUACGGCACCCAUGAUGACUAUGGGUCUGACCGCUCCUACGGUGACAGUGGCGACAGUGGAAAUAUCUCGCCUUGUAGUGUGGAGAAUGGCAAAAUGGAUUUCUGUACCAGCACUUUGUCGGUUGAGUCGGACAAUGCAGAUGGAACGAAGAGAAUCUGCCUGGUUUGUGGUGAUGUAGCAUCAGGAUACCACUAUGGUGUGUCUUCAUGUGAGGCGUGCAAAGCCUUCUUCAAACGGACAAUUCAAGGAAAUAUUGAAUACUCCUGCCCAGCAAGUCAAGACUGUGAAAUCACCAAAAGAAGAAGAAAGGCAUGUCAAGCCUGCCGGUUUCAAAAAUGUUUACGAGUUGGCAUGCUUAGAGAAGGUGUUCGUCUGGACAGAGUCAGGGGUGGAAGACAGAAAUACAAGAGAAGCUCCUCAGACAGUCAUCCAUUGAUACAACAGAUUAUACCAGUGAUUAAGAAGCCAUGUCAAGAUCCCAUCACAACUCCCGAUUUUAAGAUUCUCAACACACUUCUAGCAUUGGAAACCCAGUUAGACAAAUUGUAUGCUACGCCAGAUCCCAACCAACCCGACGAUGAAGUCAAGUUCAUGGCUGCUGUAUCCGACCUUGCUGACAGAGAGCUGGUUAUCACCAUCAGCUGGGCAAAACAGGUGCCAGGUUUCACCAACCUCUCCUUACAGGACCAGAUGAACCUCCUGCAGCACUCCUGGCUGGAGAUCCUGUGUCUCAACCUAGUGUUCAGGUCUUGUCCUUACAAUGGUUCACUCAGCUUUGCAGAGGACCUCAAGGUGUCCCAUGAACUAGCGAAAACUUACAAUGUACCCACAGAGUUUGAUUCUCUUACAAGGAAACUGUGCAAGAAGUUUACAUAUCUUGGUGUGAGCAAAGAGGAAUAUGUGCUUCUGAAGGCGAUCACUCUAUGCAACAUAGAUGUGGUGGCAGAGGUAACAGAUUCAGUUCAGACUCUGCAGGAAAAGCUUCAGGACUCGCUCAUGGAGAUCAUAAAGAUCCGACAUGCUGGCAACAUGCGCCGUUUGGGACAGCUGUUUCUGCUCCUACCCCCUAUAACACACAUCAAACUGCUGGCCAAGCAGUUCUGGUUUGACAUGAAGAAAGAUGGACGUGUCAUCAUGCACAAACUUUUCUUAGAAAUGCUGGAGGCAGAUUCCUGAGGAAAGUGUUCUGGCCAACUUGUGGGGCCAUUCAUAAUUUCUACAGCAUCUAGGGAAUAUGUCAUCUUGAGGUAGCCUGCUAGAUAGGACAUUGAGGAGGAUUACCUGCUUGUAGGCUCAUGAACAAGGAACGGGAUGAGCACAUUCUCUUUGUAUACUGUGUGAUAUUCACUCAUGGAAUCUACAAGUAACCACUGGUAAAGUUAAGGGAUUGUGUGUAACCAUAUGAAAGGUAUCAGGUUGUAAACUAGAAAAGGAUCUUGUUUGUGUUGUCUGUGUUAAAACAAGAUCACUGUACUCAGAAGGAUUACUAUGGAUAUAGAAGUAUUGGACUACCAGCUAUGUCCAAGCAUCAGUGAUAAUGUAUAUAUCUGUGUGUGUGUCCAUGUGACCCCUUCCAAUUCCAUUCCUGUCAUGCAACAGUAGUGCUUCCCGCAGCAGUGGCUGUAGGCAGAGAGGUAGAGCAAACCACAAUCAAAUAAAGCAGUCUGCUCCUGCACAGACUGGACAUCUGGUUCUUCACAGGCGAAACAUCUGGUUCUGCAGAGAUAGACGUCUGCUCCUGCAUUGACUAGAUGUCUGGUUCUGCCUGGGCUUGAUGUCUGUCUCUGCACAUGCUGGAUGUCUGUAUCUGCACGUUCUAGAUUCAGACUAAGCAGACAGAGACCAGGUAGGCAAAAGUGUGGUCAGGUGGAUUACAUAUCAUCCCAAUCACAAACUGGUCAGAUGGGCAAACUCAUUCAACCUCAACCAAAUGGCAUCUCAUCCAAUGGGUGAUGCAGCUAAAUGGCAUGAGAUGGUUCUUGUACCUUGAACAUGUACAACAUCUAUGCAGAAAUCACAGGACAAUGUACUCAUGCAUGUUAGCAGUUUGGAGCAGGACAUUUCUGAGAUUAUCUUCCAUCAUCGUGUUGGUAGGGCCGACCUUGGCUCCUGUCCUUGGGUGUCCUAGAACUGACCUCAUCGUCAUCACCAACCAGCUCCAACACCAAAGUUCUUGUAUGGCAUUAAAGCUACCCUGAACAAUCAAGCCAAAGUUAACCAUAUCAAAUAUAUUGUUGUGAAUCUAUCAUCAUGAAUUAUCUAUGGAUUGGGCAGACAGCAAGGGAAUGGUCAUUGUUUGGUGUUAAAGCUUGGAGACACUGACUCAGGUUGAAUGUGUUCCCACAAAGGCAGCACUCAUGGUAUCUCUGUUCAUCAUAAAUUUUGGUGUCAGAUGUGCAGUUUACGCCACCGUAGAGAUGCCAGUGACACAGUCCUUGCUAUGUUGGUUUUCUUCUGCCUUGGCUUUAUUACAUGAUCAUGAAGUGUUUUUAUAGUCACUAUUUCUGGGCCAGUCAACUGAGGAUCAUCUCUAUUUUGAUAAUGUCUGUGGUGUUGUAUAAGUACCAUAUCCAAUGUUUAAAAGUGCCUUGGUCACACGUAACACUGAUUUUUUUCAAAAUACCAAAUUCGGAUUGCACAAGGGGACAAGUUUCAUCAAAAAUGCAUGUCACCUUUGAACUGUACUUUCUCUAAUGUUUGUGUAAAUCGUGUAAUUAUGUUCUGACAAUUCUUUUAUUAUGUCCAGUGGGACUAGACCUCCCCAGGCAAUGUUCAAAUUGCAAAUUCAGGCACUGAUUGCAUUGAAUAUGGUAAUUAUCAAAGAGAGAGAAGUAAUUAAGAACCUGCUAAAAGAGUGUUACAAAUUCAAACUGUGGCAUUUAGUGGACGAGUGGCUAUAUUUUUAGAAGCCAUGUUUUAAUUGUGUUAGCUUUUGAGUUUUAUGGAUUUGUUCAAUCAGGUGUGUAAGAUAUGCAAAAGGAAAAAAGGUUUCUUCUCUUUGAAGAUUUUACUUUGAAAAUUGUGUCACUGCCUAACCUUGCCAAGUCAGACUGCAUUUGAGGGAAUUUACAUCUUUCACCCUCUAGACGAAAGUUGCGGAACAGCAGUUAUACAUGCAUUUGAACUGUUAGUGGCUAGCAUGCCAAAGUGUGCUGUUUUUAAUCAAACUUCCCCAUAACUGAUAGUCAUCUAGGACCAGCUGUUGAUUCCAGUGUUAGACGACAUGUUACUGCAUUUUAUUUCUAGUUUUGGUACCUUGUUGUAGUUAAUGUUGUUAAUAGUUGAUGACAAAUGUUAUGACACUUGUUAAUCUUUCCAGUGGGUUACCACCUUCUCAUUAAGUGUUUUUUUUUAUGUAUUUUAUUAUGUUUUGUGUUGUGUGCUAGUGUGCUAGUGUGUGUGUGUGUGUACUAGGAACAAGAUUAAUAUGUAUAGUGCAUGUCGUGAGGCUGAUAGAGGUGCCUAAAGUGACUAUUACUUACAUGUUGGAGUUAAGUAUUGAUGUUUCUGAAAAAGUUAAGACAAUGAUGGAUUUCAACUUGGAUUUUCAUCACUGAAAACAAAAUGAUGUCCAAGAAUGAUUGACGUUUUUCCAAAUGUAAUUAUCUGCAAUUUUACUGAUACAAAUUUAAGAUGGAAAAAAUCAUGAAAUUAGAACAUGAAGUCUAUACUGCUCAUUUUUGUUUGUACAACUUUAACAUAGUCGCCAGCCAUCAAUAGUUAUAGCCAGGUUUACAUUGAAGCAUGUCUGUUUUGUUCUGACUUUGCAAAUCUGAACAGUUGACUUCGGAGUGUUUGUCCUAAUAUGAGGACAGGCCUUGUCUUACAGAGGACAGGUUUAACCACCAGAGGACAGGAUGGUUAAGAGAGGAUGAGAUGCACCGUCAACUGGAUUCAGGAUUCUGGAAACUACUGUGUUGCCUGAUUCCAGAGAUGAUGUGUAAUCUGUGUCUGAAGAUGUUACUUUAAGUGUCCUUUACCUUGAGUUGCUCCUACUCUGUUCGUUUGGAUCAAGCGGCUCUGCUUGUCGCCAGGGACAAUGCUUGCCGACUUCGACAACUUGGAUUCCAGCUGCUUGUGAUCAUUGGUUUCUUCAAACUGUACUUUGUUACCAAAGACUCACAGAUCUUGACAAGUAUGCAACAUCUAGGAAUCCCUAUCCAAGAACAGAAGUCAACAUGAAGUUUACUAGACAUUGAUUUUGUAUGCUUUUAUGACAUUGUUAUGUUGAACUGUGUGAUAGAGCAACGACGUGAUAAGGAAAUCGAUGCAAAUUUUGUCACUUAUUCCCAUCAAAUGGGAACUGUUUGUUUCACCUGUCAGUAGUGUACCUUUAGGCAACUAUAGACAUCAAUGUUAUAGCAUUCUGACUAGUGUGUGAAUUACAGAGGCCUUUGAUAAGGAUUGAUGGACUUGUUACAGGUGCACCAUAGACAGAGUCCAAGAUACUCCUUGUAUCUGAGGAAUCGGUGUAUGUGUGAUUGUGAUUCUGUCCUUGUUAUGCCCUGAUUGAAUGUGAGUGUCUUCAGAGUGCACCUUAGACAGGUAGCAUCAGUGUUGCCUGGUCCACUAACAAAGUCCUAUUGAAAUGUUGAAGUUUAAGCAUGUAUCCUACAGUUAUCUCUUGCAAUCUCAGUAUUGUCGCAUUCCUCCCCCUCCCACACCCACAACCACCACCCACUCCCAACCGUCCAACACACUGAAUGUCCUGAAACAAUGUCCUAAAUUUUUUUUGUGUGCAUUUUCUAGAAUCUGCUCAUUCAUAGUCAGUCUUCUUUCGUUGUCUCUUAUCCUGUGAUUGAUCACAAGCAGUAGAAACAGAAGCAAGGAGACAGCAAUUGCCCUACCGAUCUUGUAGUGAAUCCACGUUUGCUCGCAGUAUGUCACUCUAUUUCCUGUAGACACCUGCAAGACAAAUUUGUAUUGUUCAAGAGUGGAACAUAUCUGGAAAAUUGUUUCAGGCAAAUAGAAGGGAAAGAAACUGAUUAAGAGAUUCAGUCUUGUCAUUAUGCCCAUGGUUAAAAGGUUCCUAACAUAUCCAUCACCAUUUAUUUCAAGUUAGAGAAUUUCAAGCCGCCUUGGUUCAAAACAUCCUGCAUUCAUUCUUGAUCAGUUUAAAGGCAGCAACCAUUCUUAUCCUAUUCUGUUUGUCACAUUGUCACCGUUUCAGUUUACUGUUCCAACUUUUGUCCACAUUUUGUUUGGCAACUGUCAUGCUGUAAGAGUUUGUGUUGAACAUGUCGAAAGGUUCAUUGUCAUCGUCAUAGUAGACAGAAAAAUGAAAGCGAACUAAACAAUGCAAAAAGAAUCCUCUUGUCCUGUGACCUCUGUUACGUUGUGUCUGGUGCGUUUCUAUACAUUUCUGUGUGGGCUUGACCACUUGACACUUUCCCUAUGUUAAUCAUGUCAAACCAUGGUCACAUGAUCGUCUUGGUCAUGUUAUCAUGUCGGUAUUCUUGUUAGAUAGUCCAAAAGAUCGAGAGCAUAUCACUACACCCUGUUUCAUUGCUGACACAAGCUACCAUCAAGUUUCAUUUACGCAUACAUGUACCCUCCCAUUAUUGUAGAAAGUGUAGCUGUGAUGGGGAGUGUAUCCCUAUCCUGGAAGAUGUGUAAAGUAAUUCAGUACCCAUAGACUCACAGAGAAGCAGCUUAGCCACCCAAGAUGCAUACACACAUACUGUAGACCUGUAGCAACAAGCUCUGCUUGUCCUGCUCGGGGUAGAUUCUCAGAUGAGUACAUGAAACAUUCCUGACUUUAUUGAUAUUUUCAGCCUCUCAGUCUCCUUUGCCCUGGUAGUGUUGGGCGUAGGCGACUGGGAACCAAACCAAGUAUUUAUUGCAUAAACGUGUUGGUGUUUGGAGUUACCCACUUUGUGAUAUUUUCAGGUUGCCAUCGUUAGAUAUAAGAUGGCUGACUGUUGGAGUGUUAUAUUGUAUUAGAGUGUCAUAUUUAUCAGGUAUGCAAACAAGAGUUUAUGUAUCAUGUCAUAAUCCCAUCAGUGCCCAGCACCUUUGUCAAAGAUUUCACUUCGGUUCUGCUGGAAGGAUGAAUUUCAUUUUACCAGGUGUUUAAGAUGGUAAAGAAGGGUCAGGUGGUUUCAUGUCGUAAAUUAUGUCCCAAAUAUUUAUUGUGCUAAAAUAUGAACUAAACAUUCAGCGACUGCGGAAUUGAUCAUUGAAGAUGGAGUCGUUGAACCAUGACUGAUAGCUGUUGGUGCUGUGCACUGAUGCUCAUACACAUUACCCAGUUCCCAAGUUUCAUAGGGUUCCUUUAUUUUUGUAUACACACCAGAGUUGGAAUACACUAUGUCACAGAGUUUAUUGUUCAUAUCCAAACAAGAGUCUUUUCAGUUGUCCAUAUGAACUUGUAAACCAGAUUACUGUUUUUGUUGCAUUUAUGUUACUAGAAUUCAGGCCUAUUCCAGGCCCAAAUCUCUUUGCUUUCUGCUUUCCUAGAUCACUCCCAGCUUUGGCAUGUGCCAGACAACGAGCAACUGCUAGGUCUGCUUUCAAGAUCUUUGGAGAUCCUAAGUUUUCUGAGUGGAAUAUGUUGUCUGCUUUGAGUUCAUUAGUAUGUCUUCUCACCUACCAAACUGAAUGUUGGAAAGAAACGAAAAUCGAUCAUGUGUUUUGAUAUUGAUGAUGUCUUUGUUAUUGGAAUGCUUGACAACAUUGUCCAAUCGUUGAAAGUAAGAAGAUCUAAGCAGUUGCAUAGUGAUUAUUGAUUAUUACGUAUUGUAUAUUAAGACCCCAAUUAUAAACACAUAUUAUAUAUAUAUAUGCAUGCUUCUUCUCCCUUUGACCCCUCAAUGGUAGUAUUUGCUUGUUUUGAUUUGCUAACAUGUACAACAUGACUUAUUUCCUUCUACUUACGUAUAUCACAUACCUUUGGAAAUAUUCAGUUUCUGUCCUGUAGACAAAUAUUUACCACAUUUACAACUAAUUAGGUAAUGUGCUAUGGAAUUGUCAGAAUUUGAGUGGAUAAGUUUGUUUUAUAAAAAUUAUUUUUAUUUUUGCUCCACUUUGUUUGUGUCUGGAGUUUUUUUCUAGCAAAGUGUGUUUACAUUACUCAGUGUUAAUCCUUUCAGAUAGUAGGGUUUUAUUACUUGUACACAAUGUUAUAUUGUUAUGUAAGAUUUUCGCUAUGUAAUGAAGUGAUUGAUUUUAUAGAUUUGAAAGAGUUACUUUUUGAAAGCUUUUAGAUAGAAAUAUUAACUGUUGGUUUUAUUUUUGAUGUUAUUUUCCAAGCCAAUUGUCACUGAAUUCUUGUAAGAAUGUGGCCUUAGAAGGCCAAUAUGUUUGUCAUGUUGAUGUACGAUGUUUUGACAAUCAGCAUGAACUUACAAUUAUUUCACCUUGGCUUUCUUCUCCAAAAUAGUCUUAGCAUUAUAAUCAUCAUAUCUUGUGGUGGUGCUACGAUAACCUUGGGGAACAAGGCCCGGUUUGGUAAUUGUUUGCAGUCAAGUUUACAUGAUGUUGCCAAGACCACAAAUAUAUGACAGACUUAGUCCAGCAGUUACUAGUGGUUUGAUACAUCUGUGAGGACUAUUUACAUAUCAUCCAGUUAAGUCCCCAUUCUUACUUGAGUUGUCACGGUGAUCAACCUUGUGAUGCCUAAUAUGAGUAGAAUCAGGUCCCCAUCAGAGGAGUCGGGAAUUUGACCCUUUCUGCUGGGCCCAACUCUAGAAGUCAGGAUCUGAAAGAAAAUAACUCGGAAACCUCAAAUCUAAAGGCUGUGAUGUUAAUAUUGCCUUUUUCUCUCCCUUUUUUGAACAAGCAAACAUGACUCAAAAUUGCACAUUGUAUUCUUUGAUAGUUUCCAAUCCUUGAGAAUGCUUUUCUGAAAAUCUAUUGUACUCUCAACUCUGGAAAGUCAUACCACAUUGAGCUAUUUUGCAAACCUCAUAGGGACUUAUGCAGUGUUCUCACUAUCAAUGUUAGAAGCACAUUUCCAUGAUGAGAUUUAUGAUGAUGCAGCAUUAUCCAGUUUCUUUGAUCCACAUUCUAAUUUCCUGAUCUGAAAGACAAGGACAUUGUUAUAAAGUGCUGUUUAUUGAUUAGUGGUAUAGACAUGCCUUCAUUCAGCGGUAUCAGUUUUCAACAUGAUGUCAAGAGACCCUUAAGUUUUAUCAGUGUUGGGCUUAAUGAACCAUUGUCUGAAAACUACAUAAGUGUUUAUCAUACAUUAAUUUAAUUUUUUGCAAAGGAGUCAUUUGCUCUCGGACCUAAUUUUAUUUCCUCUUUGAACUGAAAAUAAUUUUUAGUUGUUUUUUUAUAGUAUAAUUGGUGAGAACACUGGGUAUUUACAUUAAUUCCUAUCAUAAAAGUAUCAUUAGCUAGUAUUCCACCCUUGGUAGUGAUGAAAAGUGGACAAAGUAGGAUGGAGCUAUGAAUGAUUUCAUUGGCUCUUGGGAACUACCUUGUUGAAACUGUAUGGAACUGAACUUCACAUCAUCUGAUAUCAUUGGGAGGGAAGGGAACUCAAAUUGAUCUCGAUAUGUUAUGUUUAUUUAUUUUUGUAGGCCAGUUAAGGCCAGAUGUUUUAUACCUUGUGCACCAUGACAAAUGACCUUCCCAGAUUGCCGCCGGGUACCAUGAUAGUUUAACUCAGUUUAAACGAUAUUUUCACGAUCACAAAAUACGCUUGCAAUCCUUUGAUAGGAACGAAUCUCGUAGCCAAGUAAUUUGUGACCGGUUGAAUUUGUCACGGCGCUCCUACGGCAAUCUGGAAAGGUAUUGUUUGGUGUCUGAAGCAAUACUCAUGACCUCAUAUCUCCACUCUACUUUGUCCGUCAAUGUCCGACUCCUCUGAUGUGUUCAGUAUAAAGCUGCAACCGUGUCUUGUGCCUUCUGUCUGUCUCUGGCCCAGCCCGCCAUUUCUUGUGCCAUCCCGUCUGUCACGUAGGUAACUCAGCCCAGAAGGCUAGCGUUUCCAGAGCCUGUUAGGCUCUCACAGUCUUGUUUAACCCAGGCAAAGAAUCACACCCUGCCUGCGCUAAGCAAGACCUUUAUAGCCUAAUCAGGUCCAAGGCUGGACUAACAAGGCUCCCGUCAGACUCCACCACCAGCGAGUCCUGACAGAAUCACUGAGGUGCCUCACAGCCCUCAGGGAUAAACGACUCAGCCACGUCCUGAAGGUUUAUCACAUUUGCAGUCUUAUUUUAGAUGUUGAUUUCUCUUGUUGAUAUAUUUAUCGGAUGUUUUUUUUAAGGAGAUGCCAGGUUUGUUGAGUGUAUAUAGCAAUAAAAGGAUGAAAUUUA